GUAUCAUUCAUAAACACACAACCGGAGACAGUGAAGGCAGCUCACAGUGCCUCUGCCUGGAUAUACCCUGUCGGCAAACAACAACAAGCUCAAACAACACAAACAAGUCAAGUCGAUGGCCCAGUGGCAGGAGCUGCUGAAGCUGGACUCAGCUCUCCAGGGCCGGGUGAGACAGCUGUACGACCAGAGACAGUUCCCCAGAGAGAUCCGCCACUACCUGAGCGGCGUGAUAGAGAGACAGGACUGGGAUUUGGCAGCUGUGGAUGUAAAUACAGCAAACACGUGUUUCUACACACUUCUGCUGACUUUGGAAGAACAGUGGAACCGUUCUGUCCAGGAGAACAACAUUCUGCAGGGACCUGAUUUUACAGGGAUGAAAGACUACUUGCAGGAACACUUUGAAGCUCAGCCACAGAGCUUGGCUGUUGUCCUCUCUGAAUGUCUAAAGGAGGAAAAUAAGAUCCUGUCUUCAGCCUCUGAGGCACAGGGUUGCAGCAGUCCAUCCAUGGAUCAGAAAUGGGGAGAGUUGGACAGCAAAGUCAAUGAACUGAAGCAGAAGACUGCGGAGGUGAAGAAGGAAUUGAAGUCGCUGGAGUUCCUUAAUGAAAACAUUGACUUCAUCCAGAAGACCUGGCAAAGCCAAGUGGAGCAGAAUAUUGGACUGGCCCUGUCCCACGCUGUUGUGGAAGAGGAAUGUCUUAAGCGGACCAAAUUUAUCACACAAACAAAGCAGAUGCUGCUGCAGCAGAUAGUGAACAUUUUAAAAAUGGCACAGCAGAUUGUGGCGACUCUCAUUACGGUAGAGCUACCUCAGUGGAAGCGCAGGCAGCAGAUGUCCUGCAUUGGAAGUCCAGUUGACACAAGUCUUGACCAUCUCCAGAAGUGGUUCACUACUGUGGCAGAGGUGCUGCUACACAUACGUGAACAGCAGCAGAAACUGCAAGACCAGAACAAGAAAGACAACAGCACUGAUGCCUCCAGCCCCGCUGAUCCCUUGGCAGAUAUUGAGAAAAUCACUCUGUCCUUGUUCGUACAGCUCCUUUCAAAUGCUCUGGUGGUUGAGAAACAACCUAUCAUGUCGAGUUUACCUCAACGACCUCUAAUACUGAAGACUGGGGUGCGGUUCACAGUGACCGUGAGGUUCUUAGCAAACCUCCCAGAAUUCAAGUGCCUGCUCAAAGUCAAACCCGUAUUUGACAAGGAUGUUGAGGAGGCCAGGACAGUUAAAGGGUUCCGUCUCUUUGACUUAAACAGCAAUGUCUGUAAGGUGUUGGACGUGGACUCGCCCCGUGGAGACUUGCUGGCAGAAUUUGGUCACAUGUCACUCAAAGAAAGCAAAUCCAGAGGCAAAGGAUCAAAUGAGAAUCGUCUAAUGGUCACUGAAGAGCUCCACAUUAUUAAGUUUGUGACAGGGUUUCGGCAUGCUGGACUGGAAUUUGACAUCGAAACCAGCUCUCUGCCCGUGGUUGUUGUCUCAAGUACCAAUCAGGUUGUCAGUGCUUGGGCCUCUGUCAUGUGGUACAACAUGCUGUCCACCAGUGAGCCGAGGAACCUGUCAUUGUUUGCCAACCCCCCUCCACUCCCCUGGCAGCAGCUGUCACAGGUUCUGAGCUGGCAGUUUUUGUCUGUUGGCCAACGGGGGCUGGACACAAACCAGCUCUCCAUGCUCAGAGACAGAAUCGUGGGGGAUGAUUCUGAUGGUCUCAUUUAUUGGAGCCAGUUCUCCAAGAAUGAAAAUUCCUGGAUCUGGAUUGAUGGAAUCCUGGAUUUGAUCAAAAAACACUUGGCGGAUCUUUGGCGGGAUGGGUUCAUUAUGGGGUUUGUGAGCAGGGAGAGAACUCGGCUUCUCUUACAGGAAAAACAGACCGGGACCUUUCUGCUCCGCUUUAGUGAGAGCAUCAAAGACGGAGCCAUCACCUUCAGCUGGGUAGAUCACUCCAGUGGCGACCCCCAUGUGCAUGCAGUGGAGCCCUACACCAAGAUGGAGCUGUUGAAAAUGCCUCUGCCAGACAUCAUUCGCACCUACAGUCUGAGAGCACAGAGGGGCAUGCGCAGUCCGCUGCUCUAUCUUUACCCAGACAUCCCCAAAGACACUGCCUUUGGACACUACUACAACAUCACUCAUGAAAUAUCGAUGCCAAAAACGGUCAAAGAUCCAUACGUUCGCAGAACCUACAUGCCUUUCUCAGACAAUCCUACGCCACCUCCGUCUCCACCUGAGGACACAGCCAUGGAAGUAGACCCAAGACUGGAGGAUCGUCGUCAAGUGCUGGAGGAACUCUUCUCUGAUUUACUCGACUUACCUGAACUCCCUGACCUAUCAACAUCUUAUCAAGAAAAGACGCCAUCUCAGACCGACUUAGUCGAUCUUUUUUCUCCUUUUGAAAAUGCACCAGGUCAGUAGUAAAAAAAAACCCCAAAAAUGUCACUUUAAAAAAAGAAUGUUAAAGUUUAAAAUGCCAUAGAAACAAUGUGUAAUUAAUAUGUAUAAGCAUAAUGUGUAUAAGCAUAAUUAAUAUUCUGCCAAAUGCAUAUAUUGAGCAAAGAUAAAAGAAAUGUAAGAGGUGGUUUCAACAAUGUUUUUCUACUGUAAUUUUCAUAAUCCUGCUGCUGUAUGAAAAAAAAAAACAACCUUCUGCUGUACUGUGUAUGUUUGAUGUUUUGCUUACUAAAAUAAACACAUCCGAAUAUAUUCUAGUGCCGGGAGGAAUAACAUUUGCAUUAUACAGUUCAAACCUAGAAUACCAAUUUACACUUGUACACAGAGAAAAGGACAUUCAAUAUGUGGGCUUUCAUUACAGAUUUGUGCUAAAAUUAAGCUAUACUUUAGAAAUGUCAAUGAAACUUGAUCACGAGAUGACUGCAUUUCCAUCGAGUGAUGUUUUGCGACUUCUCUCGUGAUAACCUUCCAAGAAGCAUGGCGAUGGAUUUUCAAAACAUCAGCUUAGGUUUAGGUUUAUUUCUAACGCAGCAACCGCACAAGCUGUCAACAGCUGUCAAAUACACUAGCUGUCAUUAUUUCCAAUCGAGGGUGACAUAGGUGUGUUUUGUGAGCGAUAACAGAAAGGCAAGCCCCUUUGAGGUAGGAGCGGCCACGAAUGAGGGAUUUCUGCGAGGUGAUAGAACAUGAUUUCACUGAGGAAUUGUGGAUUCAGAACUUCCACAUGUCCGCUCAACUUUUGAAGAAUUAUUUAAUAACACCACAUGUGGCACCUGCUGCAUCAUGCCAGAGGUAGCUCAAAUUGCCAUAGCGCAUAGCCAUAGCAUCAUGUGACCUAUAAAAACAGAAAUUGUUUCCAUUGUUUGCAGUUUUGCGUAAAACAGCUUUUUUGAAUCCCCUGAAAUACCACUUUAUGUGAGUGGGAAUUUUUUUUUUGCAAAAAAUGGGAGUUUUUUCAAAAUUCACAUAUUUCCAUUACGCAUGUUUUAUAUUCACCCCGCCUUCCGCCCAGUGACAGCUGGGAUUGGCUCCAGCCCCCCCGUGACCUUUACAAGGACAAGCGGUUACAGAAAAUGACUGACUGACUGAUGCUUUAUAUUCACAGUUUCAAUUUGGACAAUUUGAGGGCUAAUGUAAACCCACCUAUUGUCUUCUUGACUGACCCGCACAUCACCCGGUGAAAACGCAAGCGUAUUAUAUCCUUUAGACAUGUUGUACUAUGACUUUUUGUCGAGAGACUAUAUAUACCAUGGCAUUUUAUUGACAUACUAGACUUUUUUCAGUUAUUCAGUAUACAGUGACUGUUUUUUCUGGUUUUCAGCACACACAAAACUUUUUUAAAAAUACAACACUAUGACUCUUUUUCCACAUGCUGUACUAUUACUCUUGCUUGAUAUUCCAUGCAUAUUAUACUAUAUUACUAUGACUCUGUAAACAUUUCUAUUAACAUUAUUUUUUAUUCAUCGUGCUAUAAUUUGACAUUUGACUUGCUAUGAGUUUUGGACGACAUACAA